AGUCCUGUGUCAGAACCCUGCUACUAGAGCCUGGAUGUGGCUCUGAGUUUCAGGGUCACUGACAUUGAUAAGACACCUGCGUCCCAGGACUCGGAGGAGAAACGGCUGAUGGACUUGGCGGGGAAUUUGCGCGGGGUUUUACUGAGCGGGAAGAGACUGUUCAAAUGAGGGGGAGGGUAUAUAAAGGAGGGUUGGCCGGAGCCUCCCAUUCUUGGCUUUUCUGAUGUUCAUGUUUCCUACAGUAAAAGUUCCUGGUGAUACCACAGAGAGUAUCGUGUGUUCAUUCAGGAGCGGCUGUGGUGAGCUGACACUAAGCCAAGAAUACGGAUACCAUCCCGCUGUAGCGGUGAGGUGUAACAUGCAAGUGGAGGAUGAAGAGCUCUUGGGCGCCGGAGGAGGAAGGUCGGAAAGGGCCACUCCCGAGACGGACGCUGAGUUCCACCAGCUGGCGGCCCUGGCGUCAUCCACCGCUUAUGCCCAGCCAAAUGGGGUAACCCAGAGGCGCGGAGUGGUGCGGGGAGAUAGCACCGGAGGAGAGGAAGGUUCACCUUCCCCAGGCCCGCAAAAGAUGGUGUUUCUGGAGGAGAGGAUGUCGGCGAUGGAGACCACCCUGGCAGUGAUGUCGAGGGCGAUGGAGCGCCUGGCGGUUUUGGCGGAGCCGGAGCGAGGAAGGGAACUCCGGGCUAGCUCAAUGUGGGACGUGAGCAUGGGAAGCAGCCAGGGCUUUGCAGACCUCCCAGCACCGAAGGGAAGGGAAAUGCGAAAGGAGCCCGGUGCCCGGCCCAAGAUCCAAACGAGCCUGACGCGGGUGGAGGAGAGUGACGACGAAGGGGAAAAGCCUCCGAGAAUCCCGGCUACGCUCCCAACUGAGACCCUGGUGCCCCUGGCGAAUGCCGGGCGUGGCACAGGACAAAGGGAAGCAGCAGCGGGGCCCACUGGCCCGCAAGGGGGCUUGCGACGGGCGGAGAAUUGGGGAUUGCCACCACAGGGACCCCUACCGAGACGAGAGGAACUAAGGAUCGAGUUUGGGGGAGAGUCCUCUGAACUGGAUUUUUUCCUGACCACGGUGAGGGGCUAUAUGGAGGACAAUGCCCACACUUUUAGAACGGAAUCCAGCCGGGUACGGGCCAUUGGUGCAGUGUUGAAGAGGGGAGCGGCCAGCUGGUACGUUCAACUACACGCGCGGCGCGACCCAUGUCUGGGGUCACUCCGACGCUUUAUGGGGGCCCUGGAGACCCGUUUCCGAGAUCCACUGGAGCAGAUCCGGGCGAGGGAGGAGUUGAAGACCGUCUCCCAGGGGCAGAGGUCGGUAUCUGAGUAUGCGGAGGAGUUCCAAUGCCUCGCUGAAAAGGUGCCGGAAUGGUCUGCAGUGACAAAGAUAGAACUCUUCAAAGAGGGGCUCAGGCGGGAGAUCCUCUCCUGGGCGGUGCAUCGUGAUGAGCCUGACACACUGCGCGGAUGGAUUCAGCUGGCGGGGCGCAUCGAGACAUCGCUGGCCCAGGCGAGGAGGCACCGAGGAGGGCUACAGCAGCGGCCGCAGAUGAAAGAGGGGAGCCGGAAGGAGGGAUCAACCCCAGCCGGGAGGAGAACGGAGCCGACAGGGAACGUGAGCACCAGCAGGAGGGGCUGCUUCGUGUGCGGCCGUUUGGGCCACAGGGCUGCCGAGUGCUGGCAGAGAAAAGGGGAAGGCGGAGGCCCGCCCAAACCAAGAGCCGUGGCAGGGAAACGCGCCGAGGAAGAACCACCGAUGAGGCACCACUCGGGGGGGUUGGACGAAGGGGAGGAGGACGCCAUGUCAGAACCCUGCUACUAGAGCCUGGAUGUGGCUCUGAGUUUCAGGGUCACUGACAUUGAUAAGACACCUGCGUCCCAGGACUCGGAGGAGAAACGGCUGAUGGACUUGGCGGGGAAUUUGCGCGGGGUUUUACUGAGCGGGAAGAGACUGUUCAAAUGAGGGGGAGGGUAUAUAAAGGAGGGUUGGUCGGAGCCUCCCAUUCUUGGCUUUUCUGAUGUUCAUGUUUCCUACAGUAAAAGUUCCUGGUGAUACCA